AAGGUACAGUUGACCGCUCAGCGAUGUACGGGAAGGUUGUAGCAGCGUUGUUUUGCUUCUUGUGUGCCACGGUGUUCUUCUGGUGUGUGGUUGCCCAGAACGACGCCGACGAAGUGUUUAACUUCAGCCGGCGUAGAUCUACGACGCCGGAUCCGAUUUUGAACUUCUUCGCGAAUCCUCCCACGUGUGACAAUGGCCGAGGCGUUUGUAUAAAGGAGUGCGCGGACAUUGCAUUGAUGAGGCCCGAUGUCAGCUGUGGAUCGAUUUUGGUUUGCUGUAGCAGAGAAUCCGACAACUCGGUCAACCAACCUGACAAUGGAUUUGCAUUUCCCACGCGUCCCACGAAACCACCAGCAAUUACCACUAAGAGGAUCAAACAAACAAGACCAACUACUACAACGACGACAACGACUACGACUACGACUGAAGAGCCCGAGCUUCCGGAAGAACCGUUUGAUCCUGAAGACUGUGGCUAUGGAAGUUCGGAAGAGGAUUCCAGGGGACAAGCCAUUGGGGACUCUCAUCGUGGUGAAUUUCCAUGGAAUGUGGGAAUCUUUUCGCGUGAAAAGAGCUUCUAUGGAACCAACCAGGACAUCUUCCACUGUGGAGGAACCAUAAUAGAUGACUUUGUGGUCCUGACGGCAGCCACAUGCGUUCAUAAUAAGAACCAAUCGUCUCUAAUCGUUAUCGGUGGCAUGCUAGAUGUUUUUAGUAAAAGAGAAAAACGACAGGAGCGCUCCUUGGAGCAAGUCAUUAUUCACCCCAAAUUUGGCCACACCUCUCGAAUCUACGACAUUGCGUUCUUAGUGCUGUCGGACAAGUUCGACUACUCUCGUACCAUCAACCGGAUCUGCUUGCCCAGACUCGGAACCAGCUUCAAAGAGAGUAACUGCCUGUUUACGGGCUGGGGCGAUGGAACCUCGGACGGAGUUCGUCCGGUUAUGAAAACUGUCGAGCUGCAGCUGACCGAGUCGAGACCCUGUGAGGACAGCCUGCGACGUAUGAUUUACAAAAACGUGUUCAAGCUGAGCGAAUCCUUCCAAUGUGCCGAGGAGGAGGCCAACACCGUCAACAUUGGCAGGUUGGAUGUGGGAUCGCCGUUGGUUUGCACGGUGCCCGGGAAGGACCGGCAGUUUUACCAGGUUGGGCUGUACUCCUGGAGUACGGUGGAGCCGAAUGUACCCAGUGUAUUCACAAACGUAACAUUCUUUCGGGAGUGGAUCGAUGGUCAAAUGAAACUCAUCGACAGACUUCCGUACAUUUACGAGCCGGAAAUUGAAAAUGAAGAAAAUGAAGGGAAUGAACACAACUAACCUUCCAUUUGUUGUUCAUAUAAAUAUCAGAUGAUAUGAAAGAA